CUGGCCAACUGACCGUUGAAAAUUGAAAAUUGCAGCGGCCAGUGAAGAAGAAAAUUGCAAUGCAAACGCGAAAAACGCAACGCAAACAGAAAGCAUUGCCACUUAAGUAUAUUUUCAGAGCUAUUGUUUUAUGCCAUUUUCAGCUUCUGUUUCGAUUCAUUUCAAUUGUGACAAUUCGCUUCAAUGCGCUGGCCUUGGGAAAGCGCCUCAGAAUAGUUGGCUAUAAAGUAUGACCAUGGCAUUGUCAAGGCCUUCAGUUGAAACGCAAACGAGACUCGAGCGACAUGUGUCCUCCACGCUACGCCACUCCACUGUGCCUGCUCAGCCUGCUGGGCCUGCUGUGCCUGGCCAGCGCCCAGCUGGACAACUGCAGCAAGGAUCCUGCCACGCUGCUCUGCCGCGGCGAGCGCGCCAUGCGGAAUGUGCUGCGCAAUCUGAGCAAGAGUGAUAAGCCCCUGGUGAUAAUGCGUGGCCUGGAGAUAGUGCCACUGCCCAACGAAGUGGAGGCGCCACCGACAGCUGCCCCCAACGCGGAUGCGGAUGCCACGCUGUUGGACAGUCUGUCCACGUAUCUGCGCACGCACGAGCUGAACUUGAAGCUGGCCGAUUUGCUGGACGAGGCCAGUCCCAGUGGCGCAACAGCGGCAGAGGCACGCAAGAAGGACAAAGGACAGGGCCUGCUGCUGGCCAUGGCACUGAUGUUUGGCAAAAUGAUGGCUGUGCUGGGCCUGGGCGGCAUCGGAGCCUUGGCCAUGAAGGCGUUGGGCGUGGCCAUGGUAGCACUCAUGAUGGCCGGCAUUCUAGGGCUGAAAGCAGCCUCCCAGCAGGGCCACGAGAGCAGCCACAGCAUCUCCUAUGUGACCGGCGAGGGACAUCAUCACAAGCGACGUCGUCGUGCCACAAACAUUGUGGAGGAGCAGCAGCAGGAGCAGCAGCCGCAGCGCCUGGCCUACAGGGCCUGGCAGCGCUGA